AUGUUAGGCCUCGAUGAUCGUCUUCUUAUUUUUCAUCUUGUAUUGGCAAUCAAUUCAGCUGUUCAAGGAAAUGUGAUGAUACAAAAGUUAUCGAUUCGUCUUAUGGGAAUGCAUGAAUGCUUAUUCAAUGUUGUUUUAUGUUACAUGAACUUGAAUCAAUAUUGUUGCUUCUCAAGAUAUUUUAUGUUAAACUUGUUACUACGUGAAAGAAAUCCUCAUACUCUAACAACUUUUGUUACUUACAACAAAAAUAUUAUAAAGUUUACAACAGGCGAAAGUUUCGAUGGUUUCCAAAGUCAAGUUUUACAUAUUUAUCGAUUGAAGGAAAAUGCUGCAAUGUCUUAUAAAGCAAAGCAAGUUCAAACUUUUGUGCUCUCGUCAACUAUGCAGACUCCUAAUGCUUUUGAUCAUCAAAUGAUUUCUUACCUCGGAUAA